UGACGUCGCGUGGAAGCCAAGUCCGCUGAUUGGCGGACGGAGUGGAGUCAAAAGCCAGAGAAGUUGCGGCCGAGCUCGCUAAAGACGCGCCACCUCAGACACGCACCGUGGAAGUCACCGUGGAACUUUUUCUUCUUCUUCUUUCGUGGAAGAGUUCCAAAACCCCGCCAUGCACGCGCUCCGGACUUGCUAAAGUUCCACGUCCAGCAGGAGCACGCCUCUCCACGGGGGGCGUGGGGGGGUGAUCGGCAUAUUUUCUGCCAAAGUAGGAGAAUAUUUUGUAUUAUUUAUUUUUUUAGAACUUUUUUUUUUUUUAAGAACUUUUUUUUUUUUUUUUUUUGGUGGUUCUUCAGCGACAUGGAGUACACUUCCUCCCCGAAGCCGCAGCUGUCCUCCCGGGCCAACGCCUUCUCCAUCGCCGCUCUCAUGUCCAGCGGGAAGCCGAGCCGGGAGAAGGAGGCCGAGGAGAACACCAUCAAGCCCCUCGAACAGUUCGUGGAGAAGUCGUCCUGCAACCAGCCGCCCCUCGCCGACCUCCCGUCGUCGCUGGACGUGCACGCGGAGUUCGCGGGCAGUGUGCCCGCGGCGUGCACGGAGCCCCUCAUCCCCACCAGCCCGGGCGUCCCCAGCGAGGAGAUGGCCAAGAUCUCCUGCAGCCUGGAGACCAAAGACCUGUGGGACAAGUUCCACGAGCUGGGCACCGAGAUGAUCAUCACCAAGUCUGGGAGGCGGAUGUUCCCGACCAUCCGUGUGUCAUUCUCCGGGGUGGACCAGGACUCCAAGUACAUAGUCCUGAUGGACAUAGUCCCGGUGGACAACAAGCGCUAUCGCUAUGCUUAUCACCGCUCAUCGUGGCUGGUGGCCGGCAAGGCGGACCCCCCUCUGCCUGCCAGGUUGUACGUUCAUCCGGACUCACCUUUCAGCGGAGAGCAGCUGAUGAAGCAAAUGGUUUCCUUCGAGAAAGUCAAGCUGACCAACAACGAACUGGACCAGCAUGGUCACAUCAUCCUGAACUCCAUGCACAAAUACCAACCUCGUGUUCACAUCAUCAAGAAGAAGGAGCACACGGCCUCGCUGCUCAACUUCAAGUCCGAGGAAUUCCGCACCUUCGUCUUCGUGGAGACCGUCUUCACCGCCGUCACCGCCUACCAGAACCAGCUGAUCACCAAGCUGAAGAUUGACAGCAAUCCUUUCGCCAAAGGGUUCCGGGAUUCGUCGCGGCUGACCGACAUGGAGAGGGAAAGUGUUGAGAAUCUCAUCCACAAGCACUCGUACGCCCGCUCGCCCAUCAGGACCUACGCCGGCGAGGACGACGGCCUGGGAGACGACGGUCACACGCCUCAUGGCAGAGGUUCUGCCUUCAGCGCGUCAGACAACCUGUCUCUGAGUUCCUGGGUGGCCGGCACCACUUCGGGCUUCUCUGGCUUCCAGGCGGGCCCGCAGUCUUUGUCCGCCUCGCUGCCACACCCCAUCCAGGGCUCCCUGCCCCCCUACGGCCGGCUGGGCCUGCCCCUGACCCCCAUGCAGGGCAGCGGGCCGUCCUUCCCCUCCUUCCACAUGCCUCGCUACCACCACUACUUCCAGCAGGGACCCUACGCCGCCAUCCAGGGCCUGCGCCACUCCUCCACCGUCAUGACGCCCUUCGUAUGACUCCGCCCCCUCACGCCCUCCCUGUGUAAAUAGUCCCACAAAAAACACUUCAAGCAACGUCCUGACACAACAUCGGCGAGGUCGUUGUCCUUCCUGAGGCUGACCAGAUGGCCGACUGGACCUUGAACCUCAAACGCAUCGCACGAUGUCAACACUUUGCCAAAAGCGAGGAGACGACGCUUACCGCCUUUUGGACAAAUUCUUCAACGAAACAGGAAGUGAAGGCGUACAAAGAUGGCGGCGCGGCGUUCGCUCGCUAUAAAGAGCUACACAAACAUUAGCAUGCAUGCUAACUGAAGUAGAAAAGCUCAAAAUCCAUCCAUCCAUCUUCUUCCAAUUAUCCAAAGUCAGGUCGCGGGGGCAGCAGCCUAAGCAGGGAAGCCCAGACUUCCCUCUCCCCAGCCACUUCGUCCAGCUCUUCCCGGGGGAUCCCGAGGCGUCCCCAGGCCAGCCGGGAGACAUAGUCUACCCAACGUGUCCUGGGUCUUCCCCGUGACCUCCUACCAGUCAGACAUGCCCUAAACACCUCCCUAGGGAGGUCUUCGGGUGGCAUCCAGACCAGAUGACCGAACCACCUCAUCUGGAUCCUCUCGAUGCGGAGGAGCAGUGACUUUACUUUGAGUUCCUCCCGGAUGACAGAGCUUCUCACCCUAUCUCUAGGAAACUCCUUUCGGCUGCUUGUACCCGUGAUCUUGUCCUUUCGGUCAUAACCCAAAGCUCAUGACCAUAGGUGAGAAUGGGAACGUAGAUCGACCGGUAAAUUGAGAGCUUUGCCUUCCGGCUCAGCUCCUUCAAAUCGAUACAGCGUCCGCAUUACUGAAGACGCCGCACCUGUCGAUCUCCUGAUCCACUCUUCCCUCACUCGUGAACAAGACUCCCAGGUACUUGAACUCCUCAAAAAACAUUUUUGUUUGUUUACGCUGAUGCUUCAAAAUAACAAACUUAGCUUCCUGCGGUCGCUCAAGCUAACAGGCCAAACUCUUCAUUGUUUACAAUGAACUGGUUUAGCUAGCUCGUUCUAACAUUGAAAAACAAGGACGCCGUGGAGCAAGUUGGAGAAUUAGCUCACAAUGAAGAACUUUCCGGUCAUUUGUCCGUUAAGAGUUUGAAAAAAAGAUGCUAGCUCUCAAACGGUGAGCUACCAACCGCCGCCGACAUUUGGCAAGGUCUCUAAUGUUCAUUCCUAAAGCGUCUUUUGACACUUUUUUACCAUGUUCUUUAGGCUCAAGUGUUUAAAAACCAAAGUUCCUUCCGAGAAACGUCCCCGUUUCCAAUACUUGCCAACCCUCCUGAUUCUCCCGAUUUCCACCCGGACCACAAUAUUGGGGGCAUGACUUAAAGGAACUGCCUUUAGCGUCCUCUACAACCUGUCAUCACGUCCGCUUUCCCUUAAUACAAACAGUGUGCCGGCCCAGUCCCAUAAUAUAUGAGACACACACAAGUGAAUGAAAGGCAUACUUGGUCAACAGCCAUACACGUCACACUGAGGGUGGCCGUAUAAACAACUUUAAAGGCCUACUGAAAUGAGAUUUUCUUAUUCAAACGGGGAUAGCAGGUCCAUUCUGUGUCAUACUUGAUCAUUUCGCGAUAUUGCCAUAUUUUCAUUAGUAAAGAUCAUCCACGAUAAAGAUCGCAACUUUUGGUCGCUGAUAAAAAACCCUUGCCUGUACCGGAAGUAGCAGACGAUGUGCGCGUGACGUCACCGGUGUGAAGGCUCCUCACAUCCUCACAUUGUUUAUAAUCAUAGCCACCAGCAGCGUGAGCGAUUCCGACCAAGAAAGCGACGAUUUCCCCAUUAAUUUGAGCGAGGAUGAAAGAUUUGUCGAUGAGGAAAGUUAGAGUGAAGCACUAAAUAAAAAAAAUAAAAAAAUAAAAGGUGACGGCUCCAGGCGGCGGCAGUGGGAGUGAUUCUGAUGUUAUUAGACACAUUAGGGCUAUAUAAGUAAACAUUGAUUGAUUGAUUGAUUGAUUGAUUUACUAGGAUAAUUCUGCAAAAUCCCUUAUCUGCUUAUUGUGUUAAUAGUGUUUUAGUGAGAUUAUAAAGUCAUACCAGUGUCUCUAAAAGAAGCCAUUGGAGGAGCCAAGAUCACAGCUGCCUUUUUGACAGCUGCAGGAGGAGGUCGCAUAAUCCGCUGAAGUCUCCUGUAAGAGCCGACUUAAUAUCACAAUUGGUUGACAUGUGAUAGAGAAACAUGUUCGCUUGACCGCUUUGAGUUAAAGCUUCACAACAAACAAAGAAACACAGGCUGUGUUUCGGUUGCUAAAGGCAGCUGCAACCCACCGCUUUCCACCAACAGCAUUGUACUUUAUAGACUCCAUUAUUAAUUGAACAAAUUGCAAAAUAUUCAGCAACACAGAAUGUCCAAAAUACUGUGUAAUUAUGCGAUGAAAAGAGACUACUUUUAGCCGUGUGUGGUGCUGGGCUAAUAUGUCCUCUCCAACCCGAGACGUCACAAACACGCGUCAUCAUAAGCGUCAUCAUUCCGCGACGUUUUCAACAGGAUACCUCGCGGGAAAUUUAAAAUCGCAAUUUAGUAAACUAAACCGGCCGCAUUGGGAUGUGUUGCAAUGUUAAGAUUUCAUCAUUGAUAUAUAAACUAUCUGUAGUAGUGGGUUUCAGUAGGCCUUUAAGACUGUUACAAAUGUGCGCAACACUGUGAACCCACACCAAACAAGAAUGAAAAAACACAUUUCAGGAGAACAUCCGCACCGUAACACAACACAACAAAUACCUAGAACCCCUUGCAGCACUAACUCUCCCGCCCCCCCUAUUUCCCGAAUUCAGAGGUCUCAAGGUUGGCAAGUAUGUUAUUCUUUUAUGUCUGGGUUUCUGUCAAAGAGAAAGGUUGACUUCCCUUGGAAACAUUCAAAAGGUAGUCAUUGAACCUCCAUUGUCUUUGUCUCUCUCGUCCAUAUGGAGCCUUCAAACUUCAAACAAGGACUCAUCACACGCAGACAGUAUUUGGACGCGAAACUCCCUCAUUUUGUAUCCCACCAACGCACGUUUACGUUAAGAAAGUUUCCGUCCUUGUCGCUCUAGCCCUGCUAAAAGUGUUACAACGUGUACAUAAAGACACUUCAGGAAGUCAAACUGAAUAUUUAUUGUUUCCAUGAAUGUAAAAUGUACAAAAUGACGCCGCUUCAUUGAAAGGUUUUGUUUUUGUUUUUUACCUUGUAAUCUGAGCACCAAACAGGGCUGUGUUGUUGAGUUUAUUUUAUUUAAGUGCAAUAUAUUUAUUAUGUUCUCUGAAAAUAAUGCAACACGUGACUUGUCAAAGUAGAGAAAUAUACUGUAUAUCA